AUGGCAUUUUGGGCGCAGACAGCUUUCUUGCUUAUCAACAUCAUAGCAUCACCGGUAAGAGGGAGAGUGGAAAAAGAGCUGUCUCCAGAGUGCAGAGAAUUCCUCUACAUGGGAACACCACCGACUGGGCUGGAGCACCACAACCUCCAGUUCAUUUGUCAACGUUACAACAAGAAGCCACGUUACGUGACGCUGUACAACACUGUGGACCAUAUACCUGUCUACUCUGCCUACACUUUCAAACGCUCAGAGGGAGAGAAAUGUGUGGAUGUCCCAUGGAUGUAUGAACCUCAGCUAUCUACAUCCUCUGAUACAGAUGAGAUGCAGCCUUUCCCACGUGGUUACAUGCACAUGAAUUUUGAAGACGCCCAAGCUGUUCUGGAUGAUUAUACAAAUGCCAUCCUUCACGAGCGUGGUACCCUCAACCCAGACGAGCAUCAGAACGAACCUGAUGACAAGGCCUCCACCUACACCCUCACCAAUGUCGUGCCCAUGGUGCCCGACUUCAACAACAGAGUCUGGAACAAACAGGAGCACAUCAUCCGCAAACGGCUUAACAACUACUGUCGUGGAUCAGCUUACAUUGUCACCGGUAUCACCACCUCGGGGAAGAUGAUCCGCCGGCAAAACAUCAACCGCGUUGCAGUGCCCACAUACUUGUGGUCAGCUUAUUGCUGUGCUGACUACGACCACAACGCACCUUAUAAUGAGCGCUAUAAGUUCCCAUCUUUUGCUCACUAUGGUCUCAAUGAAGAGAACAAAGAGGUUGUGGAAAUCUCCGUCCAGAAGCUGAAGGAUUUCCUCAAGAAGACAACCUUUGUAGAUCAGAACUUUCAGAUCUUUGUGAAUGACUGUGUCCCACCAGCGUCCAGUAAAACUGAUUAG